UACAGACAAUGAGAAAGAAGCUGAGAUGAAAAUUGGGCAUCCAACAGAUGUUAAACAUGUUGCUCAUAUUGGUUGGGAUGGUCCUUCUGUCAAUUCUCCAAGCUGGAUGAAUGAAUUUAAAGCGCCACCAUCGUUUUCAUCUGCUCCGUUGAGUCUGCAUGCCUCUGGAGACAACAAAGAGGAUGUUUCUGUUAAAUGGGUAUCAGAAGAUCGUCCUAGCAGAAGAGUAGCGAAGGGUUCAAGUUCAUCAGCAAAAAAUUUAACGGCGGACGUAACAAAAACAUCAAAACACCCUUCUUCUUCCUCCACCACCUCCUCCUCAACGGAGUCUCCCACAUGCAGAGAAAGGUCAUCGGAAAGACAAAAAACAAGACGAUCUUCAAAGUCCAAGGAACCAUCGUCGUCGGACAACAACAACAACAACCACUCCCCCACCUUAAGCCUACCGGACGUCCCAAGACAAACCCGUCGCAAGAAAACAACCCGAACCAAACCCCACCUGGCUCCAGAAACUUACAAGUCCCCUCAUUCCGACCCUGGCUCCACCACCGCUACCGGCUCCAUUUCUUUAUCCAAAGACAGCGAUCUAUGUCAGACCCCUUAAAUUUGGAGUCCUUUCCCUUUUUUAUUUCUUAUAAAAAAAAAAAUUGUUGUUAUUUUCUUACGUUCAUCAUUUUUAUUUAGAAACCUUACGGUAAA